AGCGUGUGGACAGUCAUGUGUCUAUCGAGAGGGGCAUUAAUAUUAUUUUCUUCUGUUAUUAACGUCUUCCUCCAUGAAUUUAUUGGUAUUUAUGGAGACGCUGGAGGACAAAAAAUGUCUGAACACCAUGAGGAUCCUCCUUCGUCAUCAGCUGUUCAGAUUCCCCUCCUGAAGUCUGUAACUCAACCAAACGCCCCCCGCCCUCACCAGCGGCCACGUGGUGGAUGCUCCACCCCCAAUUAACUUCCAUUCUGGUCUGUGUGACCCUGUGAGCCCCCCUCCUCAUAACACAUGCAGGACAGAGAAAGUGUCUGAAGAACAGAGUCACAGAGAAAGUUUGAAGAUGAAAGUAAAAUGUUCCUGCAAGGCUCCCAAUAAGAGUCAGGAACUUCUGAGCUGGACGUGUUACGACUGAUGCCUCAGCAGGAUCUGAACUUGAGUUUUUUGUGAGGCUGAACUCUGACUAAGGAGAGCGUCUGAGGAGGAUCAUCUGCAUGAGUUUGUGGUGUCUGCGCAGACGGCAGACGGCAGUCAGCCUCAGGUGGACGACUGAGGAGCUCUGAAGCAGACGCAUCAGCUGAGAGACUGACAUGGACUCGCAAGGGGUCUCGUACCUGAACAAAGCUGCCCUCUGCUCCCGUCUGGGUGCGGCCCGGAUCUGUCAGUUAGCCAUGGGGUGUGCUGUGAUCGCCAUGGUGACCCACAGUGCCGGCUACAGCGGGUCACACGGCGUAUUCUGCAUGGCGGCCUGGUGCUUCUGCUUUGCCAUGUCCGUCGUGGUUUUCUUCCUGGAUGCCACCCGCCUCCACAGCUGCCUGCCCGUAUCCUGGGACAACCUCACAGUCACGUGUGCCGCCUGCGCCACACUCAUGUACGUGACGACCUCCGUGGUGUAUCCUCUCUUCUUUGUGCGCUCUGAAUGUCCGUACGCCGGCUGUCACGUCAGAGAUUUCCGCAUCGCCGUCACCGUCUGCUCCAUCCUAGGAACUCUGGCCUACGGGGUGGAGGUAGUUCUGUGCCGGGCCAGGCCGGGCCAGAUUGUGGUGGGCUACAUGGCCACUGUCCCAGGCCUUCUCAAAGUGGUUCAGAGUUUUGUGGCCUGCGUCAUUUUUGGAGCUCUGGCCAAUGGCAGCCAGUACUCCCUGUACGCCGCCACCAUCUUCUGCGUUGUGGUGUACGCGUUCUGCUUCGCCCUGACAGCUCUGGUGGUCUUCAUGACGGUGUGUAAGCGGACACAGGGGGUACGCGGGACGCCCUUUGACCGGUUUGUGGUGGUGUUCACGCUCCUGGAGGUUCUGCUGUACCUGAGCGCGUCAGUGGUGUGGCCAGUGUUCUGCUUUGACACAAAGUACGGCUCCCCCUGGAGGCCGUCGUCCUGUCCACAGGGCAAGUGUCCGUGGGACAGCAAGGUGGUGGUGGCCGUUUUCUCCUGGGUCAACUUUUGUCUGUACGCAGCAGACCUGAUGUACUCCCAGGGGGUCCGCUUUGUGUCCUCGCAUGCGGCUGCGAGGUCACGGGUGUAGCGUUUCCCCUUUUUCUGGUUUCUCAUCUUUGAACAUGAAAAAAUUUCAGGACUUUUCCCUCCGAGCUGCUCUGUUUCUCUCUGGACUGUGGAGGAAUUUUGCCCCCUGACAUUCCUGAUUCCAGAGACACCCCAUUCCUCAAAAUGACCCCCCCUCUCAAAGCCAACCCCACCCAGUCCGCCAGGGUAUUUCUGUCCUCCUAAAACGAAUCCUCCAAAAAUGAAGGAUCCACCCUCCAGAACUCUCUCAUGUUUCAAAGCAGAAACAAACUCGAAGGACUUACACAUUGAAGCACAUUUGGCAACUGUGGCAUUCCUGCCAUUUGCACCCCCACCACCACCCUCCACAGAAAUCACCCCUGCUAAAGAUAACUGCAUAGACUCAGGGAAGUGUGAUGCAGCGUUUAAAGAGACUGGACUUCCUCAAACCUGUCAGAGCUUCUGUGAACUUUAUCCAGAUGAGCUGCAGUGAGAGCCGCCGUGUCACAGCGGUCAGCGUGACCACAGAGUCAACAAGUCCUACAGAUCUGACCUCUGCAAACACGCUGAAGCUUCACUCCGCUUUAGAGUGCAUCCUGGACCCAAACCCAACCCACUCAUCAACAGCCGACACGCACCAAGCACACGUCCACCUCUGCAGCGGAGAAAACCUCCCAGCACAUCAAGUCUGGGUUUGUGCACAAACAGGACUGAGAGUUAAGCCGCAGAUGCUCUGAGUUCAGGUUGAUCCUCCGGUCUCCUUCUUCCUCAUCUCUGUCAUUGUGGAGACGUUGAUUUUUCUCCAGAAUACAAGACAAGUCUUCAUUGUUUUGCAGUCAUUUGCACUUUGUUUUAUUUUACUAAAACACAAAGUUGUCACAAACUGUCAAAGCUCCAAAACAGGAAUUGGGGGGGGGGUCCAGUGUCCCACCUUUGAUUCACAAAGACUCUGUAAAGGUGUGUUCAAGUUUUAAUGAAUGUGAAACCAGCUCCCCUAUUCAUCUUACUGUCUCUUCUGUUUCAGCGCCAUUUUUUUUUUCUAUAAGUUUUUCUUUUUCAACUUCCCCCUUUCAGUUUGGCUUUUUGGUCAUCAUUAUUCUUAAAAAGCAGAAACUACUGUUAGAGUUGUAAUGUCUGCAGUUCAGGUUACCUUGAUUCUGUUUUUAUUAAACUGUUUUAUGCAUCAUCUGACCUCAAA